CCUUUAAAAGGGUUCGAUGUUUACUCUUAGUUACUCGGUUGUUAUGAGAGAAAAAUUUUCAUCUUCAGUUGUUUGUUUUGUUUUGUUUUUCUCUUCAUUUCUGGUUAACUUGUUUAUCUACACAUUUAAUUGGACAAAUUGUCUCUCACUUUUGUUGAUUGUGAAAAGUUAAAUAUGAAUCAAGAUAAUCAGAUGAUACAAGAAUUGAAAGUAUUGGAAUAUGAAUUGAGAACAUCAAAAAAAGAUAAAGUGUAUCAACGUUUACCAAAUUCUUCAGUGUUUCUUUUAAAGGAUAAACUCUUUGUUCUUGGUCAAGUGCGAGGUCAAUUGAAAGAAUCGAAAGCUCAACCAUUCAAAUAAUUGUUACAAUUUAAAGUGAUUUAGUUGAUUUGUUCUUCUCAUUUAAACAAAAAUGGAUUCACUUAAUUUGGAUAAAUUAAUUUCCUCUAUAGAAUUGAUUCUAUAUAAAAGCCUAAAAGAAAACAGUGAUGACUCAUAUUCCCAUAAGCUGAUUGAUCUUGUUGAUUAUGUGAAAGCCGAAUUAACUUUAGAUGAUCUAAAUAAAUUGUCAACAAUUGUGACUUCAUCUCUUAACCGAACUGCUUUAGAUGAUAUUGAAUUGUCAACAGCGUUUAAAUUGAUUGGUACAAUUGUUUCAGAUGAAAGGAUGAUCAAGGAAAAUGCUCAUGUUGUAAUUACCAGUUUUACUGGGAUAAUUAAAUUUGAUCAAGUAUUGAAAGAUGAAGAUAAUCCUCAUUAUGAUCUUCAAUACUCUUUCCUUAAAUGUAUCAACAAAUUUUGCUCAACUCAAUCUGGUUGCCAAUUGUUGGCACAAAAAGAUGAACUACUUUUAAUUAUAUUUCAUCUUCUAACCAAAAGUCAAGGAUUUUACGUUCAAAUGGAAGCUCAAUCAGUAAUUACACUUUUAUUGACCAAUAUUCUGGACCAAACUGACCUCACCCAUCGUUUAUCACCUUAUCUUCAUCAAAUGUUACUAGUUAAUUGUAAAAGUCACAUGGAGUGUUUGAAUGGACUGGUCAAGAAUACGAAAAUGCGCCAUUUUUUAAUCAACCGAUUCAAAUUGGAUUCCAUCCUGAUUUCCAAACUAAAUUCAGCAAUUAAACAUGACGAAAGCCUGUUAAUUAUAUUCUGUCAAAUUCUGGCGACCUGUGAACCUCCCAAAGAAUCAAUUGAUUGUGUCAUCAAAACCUUAUUAGAAUCUAAAAAGUUAAAAUCAAUCAUUGCUUUUUAUUCAACUUUAAUUCAAUACCAUGGACUUAAUUAUCUUGAUGGUUGGAAAUUGUUUACAGUUUAUCCUCUAAUCAAAUCAAAUGACCAUCUUAGUGGACUAAUUGUUGGAGAUGAAGAGAUGAAAAAAUUAAUCCAUUUAAAUGUAACCAAUGGGGAAUUGAUGUUCAUCUUUCGCUGUAUAACCGUUGAAAUAAUUGUCAAAUUACCUCAAGAUGACAAUUUACUUUUAGUUAAUUGUGUUGCAUUUUUAAAAGAAUCAAUUGAUUUAAUGGUCCCAAGGAAAUUGUUGUCGGAAAGUUUACAGAAAUUUGAUCUCCUUUGGAAAACCAUUGAUGAUCCGAUUCUCAUUCAACGUUCAUUGGAAAUAUUUUUACAAUUAGUUGGUCAAAUUUUCCGUCAACAAUCAAGUAGUAUUGGUAAUUUUAAGCUGAUGAUUUUCUCAUUAUUAAAAUCAAUCAGAGAGAUAAUUAGUUGCCACCGGCAUCUUUUACCGAUCGAGAUAUUGACUGAUCUCUGCUCGAAAAUCAAUAAUAUUCUGGUAUCAUGUUCAUUGGAAGAUAAUUUCGACCUCAUUGAUAGUACAUUAGAAAUCGUUAUUUCAAUUCUUCAAUCAAACGGAGAAUCAUUUGUCACCCUGUGUCCCGAACUUGUUGACAAUUUUCUUAAUCAAUGGACUAAUUGUUACCAAUCAUCCAAUGAUUCAUCACUAAUCUCUACUUGUCUUCCAAUUUUACUCUGUCUUGAUUUAUAUUCAUCGACCGAACAAUUGUUUAAACAUUCAAUCAUCAAGAAUCAAACAAUUCCAACAAUACUGAACAACUAUUUAAACGAAGGAGAAUAUCUUGUCCGUGAUUCGGUGAUCAAAUCAAUUGAUUAUAAUUUUCCAACAUUAAUUGCAUCCGAUCUUUGGAAUCAUCAACAAUUUUCUGAAAUGUUCACACAAUUUUAUGGUCUUCCCAUGAGUCAAUUGAUUCUCAGUGAAAUUGAUUCCGAAGUGUUGUCAAUGAUUUUGAAAAUUUGGAUAACAAUUAUUGAUUUAAUUGGAUUGAAAGCUAAUCAAGAUGAUCGAUGUAAUUUAAUCUCCAUGUUAUAUCAAUCUGGUUUAUUCACUUCUCUCUGGUUACUACUUAAAGAUGAACUUGUCAUUGGAACAAUUAAAAGUCAAGCCUACCAAGCAGCUAAAGCGAUCUUUAAAUCGUUUCAAUCAAACAAUCUAACGGAAAAUGAUUUAAUUACAAUCUUUUCUAAUCAACAAGAGCCACAAUUUUUCAUUACCGUUGAACAUUUUACCGAUGGAUUAACUCAUGAGAACAAAAAUCGUGAACAAGUUAUAGAUGAAAUUUUUAAGGAACAUUCAACUUUACCAACUCAAGAUUUAAUUAACGUUGUUACCGAGAAAUUAAAUGGGAGCAAAAAAUUAACUAAACGUAAACGAGAAAUUGGUCAAAUCUCAGUUAAUUUAAUUGCUUCUUUUUUCACCAAACCAAUUGAACCUUUUGAAUUAAUCAAUGAAACAAAUGCCAAUCAAACAUUCAACAUUUUAGAUGAUAUUAUUGCAGCUCGUUCAUUCAACACUCGAAUACCAUCUGAUUGUUAUUAACAAGAACAAUUAAAUGAUUUACUAAUGAAGAGAGAGAGAGAAAAAAUCUCGAAAAUCGAUUAAUUUUCAGAUUUUUUUGUAAAAAGAAAAAGAAAUCGAUUAAAAUCGAAAUGAUGAAAUGCGA